CUGUAGUAGUCACCGAGUUCAGUUGUAACAAGUGAAUCGUGAUAGUGUGAAGAUAUCUGUGUGUAGGGUUCUAAAGUGUUUAAACCCGUAACAGUGUUCUAAUUAAUUGUAGCCAAGACUUGUAGGUUGUUAAUUGAACCAAUUAACAGUCCGAACGCCGUCUUCAGUAGCAAAACACGUUACCAAAAUUUGAUUCAACAAAAUGGGUAAGAAAGUACAAAAGACAUCUUGGAGGCAGAAAACUGGAGACCAAUGUGAGGGGUCAGAGAAAACUGGCACUGGACAGAAAGGAAGUGAAACUACACAAAUCGAACCAUCACAACUUAAACAGCAACAACAACAACAACAACAACAACAACAACAACAACGACAGGAAACGCUUUUAAGUAUUGAAGGACGUGCUAGACCAUCUCAACCACUGCAGCAGAAGAUGAGGCUUCAUCAGAAACAAGUACUACCAAACCAGGUGGGGGCAGUUGUUGGUACUUCUGGCUUUUGCAGUGGCCACACAGGACCACACAGACAAGGACCAGUACAUGGAAGUACUUUACAAGGAGCACUUUCAGCAGGAACUGCUCAGCGAACUGUAGGUGAUACAUCAGGUGCUGAAACAACAAACCAGUUAAUUCAGACAUUGCAAUUACCAAUGAGAAAGGAUUGGAAUAAGUGUGGAACUCUGGGGAAAUCAAUACUUGUUGAAACUAAUCAUUUUGCACUGGAUUUGUCAAGAGUACGAAACAACAUUAUCAUACAUUAUGAUGUAACAUUAGAGCCUUCAGUUCCACAGAGAAUGUUGAGGGGUGCCAUGGAAGAAUUUAGGCUCAAACAUUAUCCAAAACGGUUUCCAGCAUUUGACGGGAAGAAAAAUUUGUAUAGCUCUGGAGAGCUGCCAUUUGGCAGAGAGAUGUGUGAUCAUAUUGCUUUGUGUGAUAAUGAAUCUGGUAAAGAAAGAAAGUUUAAGAUUACCAUCAAGUAUGCAUCUCAGGCUGAUUUGCAGUCUCUGGUACAGUACACGGCUAGUGGGGCUUCUCUUCUUCCUCCUCAAAAAGCCAUUCAAGCUGUUGAUAUUAUACUGCGCAAUGUGUCAGCCUUCAGGUUUGUGCAGGCAGGACGCUCUUUCUUUAGUCCUCCAAAGGGUCGAGUAGUGGAACUAGGUGAUGGCGUCGAAAUGUGGCAUGGAUUCUUUCAAAGUGCCAUCCUGGGAUGGAAACCCUUUGUUAAUAUUGAUGUCGCUCACAAAGGCUUCCCCUCAGCAAGAAAUGUUGUAGACCUAAUUUUGGAGGUAUGCAAGCUCAGGCGUGAAGACCUUCAGAGAGAACUAACCAUCAAGCAAAAGGAAGACUUCUUGAACUAUAUUCGUGGCCUGAAGAUUGAUUACAUGCUUCCAGGUGUGCCAACCAGCAAGAGGACAUACAAAGUGAACAAUAUUACAAAAAGUCCAGUUGAACAGUUCUUUGAAUUGGAUGAUCACACAAGAAUAUCUGUUGUAGAAUACUUUGCCCAUGCAAAGAAGAUAAUUCUUUCAUAUCCACAUCUCCCAUGCCUUCAUGUUGGCUCCGUGAAUAGGCUCAGACCAAUCUAUGUUCCAGCAGAGUUGUGCACGGUGACAAGGGGUCAAGUGACAAUCAGAAAAUUGAAUGAGACACAAAUAUCAAACAUGAUAAAGAACACUACAACGUCUACUGACAUCAGGAAACAAAAGAUUCUGGAAGCGCUGCAGUCUGCGAGAUUCAAUGACGACCCAUGUAUGAAAGAGUUUGGCCUCUCAGUCAGUGACCGAUUUGCAAAAGUAGAGGCUCGUGUACUAGAGGCACCACAGUUACAAUAUAAUGUUGAAGUGGACCAAAAAAAUGUUGUUAAGCCUAUGAAGGGUGUUUGGAGGCCCUUAAAAUUUUUGAGCAGCAACAAACUUUCUCACUGGAUUGUUCUGAACUUAAACAAAUAUACAACAGAAGAUGAGAUGAGACGGUUUGCAGUUGAAAUGCAGAACGCAGGACGAACUUUGGGAAUGGACAUUGCUCCUCCAUCUCCUCCAAAGAGUAUGCAGCCUCCAACAAAAAAUACAUCUCAACUAAUGGAAUUCUUUAAAACAGUGAAGAGAGAAGUUCAGCUGGUGGUGGUAGUUGUUCCUGAUAGAGGAGACUGCUAUGCUAAAGUGAAGAAAGUAGCAGAGCUGAAUAUUGGAGUAUUGACUCAAUGUGUGAAGGGAAGAACAAUGUCACGUUUGAAUCCUGCUGUAUGUUCCAACAUUCUAUUGAAAAUCAACUCGAAGCUGAAUGGUAUAAACCACACGUUUGCUUCAGUAUCAAGGCCACUAUGUUUGUUUCGCCCAGUUAUGAUAGUAGGAGCCGAUGUGACACAUCCAUCACCGGAUCAGCUUAGCAUCCCUUCAGUUGCUGCUGUAACUGCCAGCCAUGAUCCAAAGGCUUUCAAGUACAACAUCCAGAUUAGAUUACAACCUCCGAAGGUAGAGAUCAUUGAAGACCUGGAAAAUAUCAUGCGACAGCAGCUUCUGUUCUUUUAUAGACACACGUCUGCUUGCAAACCAGAGAGGAUAAUAUUUUUUCGAGAUGGUGUAGGUGACGGACAGUUCGCACAGGUUUUGAAAAGCGAGGUGAAUGCAAUUCGACGUGCUUGUUUCUCUUUGGGCCAAGAAUAUGAACCUAAAGUGACAUUCCUGGUGGUGCAGAAACGUCACCACACCCGAUUCUUUCCAAGGAGUGAGGAUGCAGAUGGAAGAUAUAAGAACGUUCCACCCGGUACAGUGGUUGAUCGUGAAAUUACUCACCCGACUGAAGUGGACUUUUAUCUGGUUAGCCAUGCCAGCAUCCAGGGUGUUAGCAGACCUACCAAGUAUCAUUUAUUGUGGAAUGAUGAUGAUAAUAUGACAGAAAAUGAAAUUGAAAAGAUUGCAUACUACUUAUGUCAUAUGUUCUCACGUUGUACACGCAGUGUGUCAUAUCCAGCACCCACAUAUUAUGCACAUCUUGCUGCUAAGAGGGCUCGUGUGUACCUGGAGGGAGAGAACAUUAAGCUGUCUGAUCUACAAAGUCAGCAACAUAUAUGUGCUGUCUUGAAAGAAAUUGUUUCAGACCAUCCCAUGUUUUUUGUAUAAAACUUCAGCUGGCAUAAGGAAAUCAGGUGCAAUAGUUCCAAGAGUCGUCAGUUCAACUGUUAGUAGCCACUACCAAGAAACGACUACUGACAUGACUAGUAAUGAAAGAAUGAAAAACAGAAGACUUUGUGUGCCAUAGUUUUAGUGUUCUAUAGUAUAAAUCAGUGACAAUGUAAUAGUUAUUUGUAUUUAUGAGUUAUAAGCAUUUAAUUAAUUCAGUUAUCAGUUGUGUGCCAUAGUUUUAGUGUUCUCUAGUGUAAAUCAGUGACAAUGUAAUAGUUAUUUGUAUUUAUGAGUUAUAAGCAUUUAAUGAAUUCAGUUAUCAGUUGUGUGCCAUAGUUUUAGUGUUCUCUAGUGUAAAUCAGUGACAAUGUAAUAGUUAUUUGUAUUUAUGAGUUAUAAGCAUUUAAUGAAUUCAGUUAUCAGUUGUGUGCCAUAGUUUUAGUGUUCUCUAGUGUAAAUCAGUGACAAUGUAAUAGUUAUUUGUAUUUAUGAGUUAUAAGCAUUUAAUGAAUUCAGUUAUCAGUUGUGUGCCAUAGUUUUAGUGUUCUCUAGUGUAAAUCAGUGACAAUGUAAUAGUUAUUUGUAUUUAUGAGUUAUAAGCAUUUAAUGAAUUCAGUUAUCAGUUGUGUGCCAUAGUUUUAGUGUUCUCUAGUGUAAAUCAGUGACAAUGUAAUAGUUAUUUGUAUUUAUGAGUUAUAAGCAUUUAAUGAAUUCAGUUAUCAGUUGUGUGCCAUAGUUUUAGUGUUCUCUAGUGUAAAUCAGUGACAAUGUAAUAGUUAUUUGUAUUUAUGAGUUAUAAGCAUUUAAUGAAUUCAGUUAUCAGUUGUGUGCCAUAGUUUUAGUGUUCUCUAGUGUAAAUCAGUGACAAUGUAAUAGUUAUUUGUAUUUAUGAGUUAUAAGCAUUUAAUGAAUUCAGUUAUCAGUUGUGUGCCAUAGUUUUAGUGUUCUCUAGUGUAAAUCAGUGACAAUGUAAUAGUUAUUUGUAUUUAUGAGUUAUAAGCAUUUAAUGAAUUCAGUUAUCAGUUGUGUGCCAUAGUUUUAGUGUUCUCUAGUGUAAAUCAGUGACAAUGUAAUAGUUAUUUGUAUUUAUGAGUUAUAAGCAUUUAAUGAAUUCAGUUAUCAGUUGUGUGCCAUAGUUUUAGUGUUCUCUAGUGUAAAUCAGUGACAAUGUAAUAGUUAUUUGUAUUUAUGAGUUAUAAGCAUUUAAUGAAUUCAGUUAUCAGUUGUAUGCCAUAGUUUUAGUGUUCUCUAGUGUAAAUCAGUGACAAUGUAAUAGUUAUUGUAUUUAUGAGUUAUAAGCAUUUAAUAAAUUCAGUUAUCAA